UAAAAGAGUUACCCUUGAAAAAUGACGUAUUGUAAACAGGAAAAUAAUCAGCGUAGAUCAGUAGUAAUAGUCAAUAGAAGUUGGACAAAUAAAGAAGGGUAAUAAAAAUAAGUAAAAGUACGUAAUACAAUAAGUAACAAACAAGCAAGUAAUAGUAAAUGUAAAGACGGAUAUAAAGAAGUAUAAAAGCCGGUAGUAUCCGGCUUUUAUCGUAUCCCGGUACAUUGGUAUGGCCAAACAUAACAUAACGAGAAAAUAAAGAGAGACUAGCUGGAUUCAGUAACCAAGUAAGCAUGCUAUGGGUUUGGUAUAUAUGGAAUGGCACAGCAUGGUAUGGUAUACGGAUAUACCAAGAUACCAAACAUAAAGGUAAAGCUAAAUAAAAAGCAAAUGAAAUGAAAAUACAGCGUUUAAACGCCGCAACAAGACAACAGUUCACUGGCCCUCUCCCUCUCACUCAGCUUGGCCAAAGGCCACUAGCGCCUUGUCCUAUUUCUGACGUCACAAGUCGUCGACGUCCAAGACGUAGUCGUAGUCCAAGACAUAGUCAUAGUGAUAGCGCCUUACGUUCGCCAACAGAUCUGCCAACUGUUGCUGGUAUUGGUAUUAUAUCGAGGUGUAUUUAAUCGAGAAGAGUGUGGUGGUGAUGCUGAUGGUGAUGGUGAUGAUUGUGGAGGUGGAGGUGGUGGAGGAAAGGCGCGAAGAAACCAAAUAGAAGGAGAAGAAAUGGUUAGCGCAUGCGUCUUUACAGAGCUCCUCGAGAGUCGCUAACUGAAGGAGAAGAAGGAGGAAGAGGAAGAGGAGUGGAGAGAAGAUGGUGUCGAGGCGAAAAAUUCUCUCUCGCUCGCGGGACAACCUUGCUGAUUCCCAGUACGAUGAUCAGGAAGAGGAGGACGUUUGGUAUAAUUUAGAUAAGUUGUACAAGGACCACAUACAAGAGGUCCUGGACAAGUGGAACCAGAUAGACGACGAGAUAUGGGCUAAGGUAAUAGUCUUCGAGCGAAACAGAAGAGUCGCUAAAGCUUACGCCCGGGCACCAGUUCUCACGGUCAACGACUCCAUUGACGGUUUCGAUGGCUUUAGGAUAGGCCUCUGUGGUUUUGAUAACCCAAUGAGAGAUCCUAAAACAGAAGAGACUAAAAGACACAUCGACCUAGGAGUAAAAAUAAAAAUGGAUGACAAAGGGAAUAUCCUGAUAAAGAGACUGUGCAAAAGCAACGUUUACAUAAAGACUACACAUCCCGAAGAAAACGCGGUCGGCGCAGAGAUACUGAGAAAUUCUCAGGGUGCGUUGGAGUUUGAAAAACCAGGAAAAUUAUUCGACAUGGCUAAAUACGAACAGAAUUUAGAACGGGAGACCCGUCGCUCAUAUCCAGAUCGCAGAAGACUUGAAAAACAAUGUCUCAGUGCAAUCGUCUUCGUGAGAACAGAAGCUGAAUUGCUGAAGUGUCCUGUCUGGGUUCUUAUUGUCAACGUCGUUGGCUUGGAGUUGCUCAAAAGCAAACUCCCUAUAUUACCAGCGCUAAAGAGGUCUGUGGAUAUCAAAAAUCGACCAAGAAUUCCGAUACCUGACGAAGAUCCUUACAGCGUAGCUGGUGUUGCAUCGGCUUCUGGACCCAGUGAAUUACGCGAUGCAGUCAGAGAUCCACGGCAUGAACAGAUUUACGGCCAAUCAGCGGCUUAUCAUCGGCGACGUACUGAAAAACCGCCGAAACUUCCUCCCCGGGAGAAUCUUUACGGUCAAAAUAUUCCUAAGCCUGACUAUGACGAUAUCGAAGAUGAUUACGGCAGCAAUGGUGUGAGACCAGCGGUGGUAGUUACCGAGGAUUCGAAGAAGAAUAACAAAAAGAACGACAGAAAGAACGACGAUCCUUAUUACUGUGGUAUGAGGGCACGUGUACCAAAUUUUGUAAAAAUGGCAAAGAACAGCCAAAUAAGAAUACUUCCGGCGUAUGGAACGGGGAGACCGCAACCAGCACCAGCACAAACACAAAUAUCAGCCCCGGCGUACGUCGGUUACAACAGUAGUCAGUCUCAGUCAUCACAUAUUUAUGCGAGUCACGCACCAAACAGACGACCACCUAUUAUGUAUCACGCCCGUAGCUUCGAGAGUGGUUUAGACUCAGACGAUCGGAUAGACUCGCCCUAUAAUCACAUUUACGGACGAUUACCCAUUCCAACACGCAGUUUUAUACCACCAGUACCCCGUGGCAUGUACAUCGGAGAGUGGGAUUAAAUAAUAACUUAUGACUAUUAAGCAACAUCACUCUCUACACCGUUAUUACGUUUUUUUUUGUACCUACAUACUUGUAUAUUGUUCAUAUACUACAUAAAUACUCAUAUUUUUUA